UUAUCUUUAUAUAACAAAAUUUCUGGAGGAAAAAAGGGAACACAGUGACUAUAAAAUGGAGAUAACCUUUUUAUUUAUCAUUUGCUGUUUCUCUUUUUCGAAUGAGCAUAUUCUUACCAUUUCUCGUACAUGCUAGAAUUUCGUCAUCUUCUGGUAUCCUUUUUAUUGAAAAGAAUACAACUUGAAAAAUGUCUAAUCAGAUUGUCAAGUUAAUACAUAGUUAUUUAGUAUUGGAGUGAAAUAGACCUUCUUGUUCAGUCAUACUCUUUCUGUCCCUAUGUGAUAUAGUUUGACUAGACACUAAGUUUAAAAAAGAAAGGAAGACUUUUGAAACUUGUGGUCUAAAACAACUCAUAAAUAUUUGUGAAGCUGUAAAUCAUUUCAUUAAGGGUAAAAGGGGAAGUUUUAAGUUAAAUUAUUUCUAAAAAUAGAAAUGUAUCAUUCUUUUGGGACGGAUUAAAAGAAAAAUAUAUCACAUAAAUUGAGACAGAGGGAGUAUAUGUUUUCACAUAUAGUUAGCUUUUUUUUUCUCCUGUUUGUUUUCAUUAGAUAGCCAGCUGGGAUGUUGCUGGGAUACGGCACUUUCAAUGUUUUUCCCUUUGGUGAUUAUAUAAUUGUUGGUUACCAAAAGAAAUAGACCUGGAUAGACUUGAAUAGAUGUAAAGUGGUAAAAUUAAAAAAAAAAAAAGAAAAGAAAAAAAGAAAAGAUAUAAGUAUUCAUCUAUUCAUAAAGUUGUCGCAACUAAAUUUGGGGAUUGAGAGGGUGGAGAUGACCGUUGCAAUUUUUUCAUGUGAGCACAUUCUUUGUCGCUUUUAGUAAAAGGGGCUAAAACAGUUUUUCCUAUACAUGCAUGUAGGAGGUGUAAGAGUUUGGCUAUAGCAGGUUUUAGGAGAGUAGAGGUGGGCCUAAGAAGAACUAGAGGGAGGUGAUUAGACAAAACAUGACGCAUCUUCAGCUUCAUCGCAAAUCAACGUUGAAAAGAUCUUCCAUGGUAUCCCCGAUGUUGUUGAUGUUCAUUCCUUCGACCAUCUGGAUUUGUAUAAAGAGAAAGAAGAAUCGAUUGCAUAAUACCAGAUGGUUUGGUACAUCAACCGUUUUAUUUGCAAAAGCAAUUUUGGCAUGGGGCGAUCUUGAUGAUAAGGUUCAUGCAAAAGAACAGUGUACCAUCACCGACAACAUUAAUACAUAAAGUCGGACUCCUUGAUGAUGCACUUCAUUGUGGCUUCUGGCGUUGGAGAUAUUCUCUUCCUUUUUUCAGUUCUCUUCUUAUACUCUAUAAGCCCUGCGGAUGACGCAAUGGUUUUUAUGGGCUUCGUUUGUGUACAAGUUGCUCCGAUUAUGGCAUUCGUUAUGAUAUACGAAAUUUGUUCUUCACGUCGAGCUCGAGACAGAACAAGGAGUACAUCCACUAACUACUUGAGUUGUUGUGAUGAACUCCAUCACUACGUGCCUUCAUCAGAAGCAUGUCCCAUAAGAAGAAGAUUGCAAGAGCUGAGGCACCAAAUUGCUCUUCUAAACCGUGAAAGUUAUGAGUUUGAAAACUUUACCUUGAGAGAGUUGCAUUCUGCAUUUAAUGUCUUCGGAAUUCGUUACAUGAAUGAAGAAGAGAUAAAUGCCUUAUAUGUUCGCAAGUGCAAAGGCAUUGGUUUAGAGAGGUAAAUCACAAGCAUUUAAGUCAUGCUUAUUCUCUCAAGCCACGAGUGAUCAGUAUCAUGAGGAUGCACCACCAACACAAGCCUUGUCUUCUUCAGCCUCAGCUAAGGUACUU